GUCUGAUGUGGAAGGUGUAAACCGCGGGUCGUCUCGGGGCCUCGCAUGACUUCGCCCCGUUCGCUCCCUUAGCCAUGGACAGGGCUCAGAGUUGGGACCAAAACCCCCUCGAGUGUCGUGCAAGGGAUGUGUGAGUGUGGAAAUAAGCGUCGUAACAUGAAAACUAGUUAGGGAAAAGGGGGUAGAUCAAAAGGUGCUCUCGAAGAUGGAAACGAAAAUGGCUGACGCUUGAGACUUCGGAGGAACCUUAUGCGAGGCGGCGCUGCGGAAUGCUCGAGGACGCAGCUUGCAGGAGGAGUGAGAACAGCAGGUUUUGGGUGUUUUAUGCAGUGAUCGUUGAAUUGUCCCCACAAGUGGCUGGAAUUUGCUUAUGCGUACGUCUCAUUGUGUUUGUCGGAGAACUCUGCCUCCAGCCCUGUAAAGGCAAGGGAAUGCAUGACAUGUUCAUCUCUCCGGCGGGAGGUGAGCCCAGUGCAGUCUUGCAUGCCCCUGCCAAUUCUGGACAGUGCCUGCAGAGGAAGCGAAAGUUGGAUCAGACUACCAGUGACUACCCAAGUGCUGCAUCAAGUUACACAGUGACCCCUGUAGCAGCACCAGCACAUACUAUAGCUGCUAAACAUCUCUCUCAUCAGACUGGUAGUCUAUAUAGUGAUGGCGUGACCUUAAGCCAAGCAAAACAGCACCACCAACAGCAGCAGCAGCUGCAGCAACAACAGCAGCAGCAGCAGCAGCAACAGCAGCAACAGCAGCAACAGCAACAGCAGCAGCAGCAACAGCAGCAACAGCAGCAGCAGCACAACAUCAGCAUCAGCAUGGGCAGCAACAACAGACUCACAAGAUUAACAAUAACAGCACCAACACUUCAUCAGGACAUCACCACCAUCAUCACCACCACCACCAUCACUCAGCCAGAGGAACACAACCCUUCAUAA